AUGGAAGAGUUUCCACUGGGAAACACGGUGACCAAAGGGCCGAGGGCGGCUCUGGUGCCAAUCUUCUCCUUUGGGGAGAAUGACAUAUUUGACCAGGUAGAGAACUCACCUGGCUCCUGGCUGCGCUGGGGCCAGGACCGGCUACAGAGGAUCAUGGGGCUCUCCCUCCCGCUCUUCCAUGGCCGCGGUGUCUUCCAGCACAGCUUUGGUUUUCUGCCCUACCGCCGGCCCAUCACCACCGUGGUGGGGACGCCCAUCGAGGUGCAGAAGACACCGAAUCCCUCGCAGGAGGAGGUGGACGGGCUGCACCAGCGCUACCUGAAGGAGCUGUCCAGGCUCUUUGAAGCCCACAAGCUCAAGUACAACGUCCCCAGCGACCAACACUUGGAGUUCUGCUGAGCGCCCGGGGGAGGCACCCAGCCCUCCUCAGCACUGGCAUUAGGGAGCCCAGAGGGAGGAGCCGUGGUCCCAGGAGGCUUCCUGGAGGAGGUGUCUGCUGAACCCAUCCCCAGAGCCUUCACGGACUGCGGUGCUGAUUUCCAGCCCAAGGCCGUCCCCGAGUCCCAGCUGGCAGCGUGCCAGAGGAGGGCAUCGGUCACUUGCCCUCCUGCUGUGAGUCUGGAGCAUGAAGCCCACACCCUGCUCUGCCCACGUGAGAAAUGGGAGAGAUGCCGGGAGAGAAUGGUGUCUGGGGUCUCUGUCCUCUGUGGUCCUGUCACUCGGUGGGCAGGAAAAAGAGCAGCUCCAAUGACCAGGUUUGUCUUCCGGCCCAGCCCCGUGCAGCACCUGCAUUCUCUCCCCAAAUAAAAGCCAGCUGCUUGCAAUGA